AUGAAUGCUUCAUCGAAAUGCCCCGAUAACAACAAAGAAUAUCCUUCAUCUUUUACUAAUAUCUACAAUCGACUUCAACCAAUAUUGAAAUCAACAAAAAGACUAGGUGUUCACACUGCAUGUCAUAUAAUUUUCGCCGGAUUUGAAUAUACAGGUAAUGGGGAUACAACGCGUUGUAAAGACUGUGGACUUGAGGUAUCUAACUGGACAUUAGAUAUGGAUCCAUUUGCUAUUCAUUCAAAACGUCGACCGGAUUGCCCAUUCGUUUGCAAUAUUAAACUAUCUUCAUUCAAAAAUGUACCUGCUUCUUCCGCUUCGCCAGUAACUACUACUGUUCGAAACACGUCGAUAUUAAAUGAACAAGAAAAUCCUUCUAAACGCCAAAAGGUUGAAACAAUGCAUUUAGAAUCUCUGUCACAUACUUUGCUCGAAACAGUUUCACUUCAACAAGUACGAAGACGCACUUUUUCUCAUUGGUCACAUCGUACUAUUCCAUUAAGUGUACAAAUGAUUGACGCUGGAUUUUUUAAUUGCAAUGUUGGUGAUCGAGUAAUAUGCAUUUAUUGUAAUCUUAUUUGUCAACAAUGGACACCAAAUACAGAUGAUCCACGUGAAGUACAUAAAACACUUUCACCUACUUGUAUAUAUGCCAAAGCAAAACUGAUACAUCCUGUAGCUUCUCCUAUAAUUAUUGUCAAUGAAGGUUCAACAAGUGCAAUUUCUGGCGAUUAUUCACCAACAUCUAAUAAUCUCGGUCCAUUGAGAUCUAAUGAUAUUGUAUUUACAGCUUCAUGUAAUCCAGCUUAUUCAGAUAUAUCAAAACGUCAUGCAUCUUUUGAAACAUGGCCAAAUGAAGGUUUACCACCAGUAAAUGAUCUGGUUCGAGCAGGAUUUUUUUAUACAGGUGCAAAAACUAUUGUUACUUGUUUUUAUUGUAAUGGAUCAUUACAAAACUGGGGUCCAAAUGAUAAUCCAAUGAUUGAACAUGCACGUUGGUUUCCACAAUGUACAUAUGCUCGACAACUAUGUGGUGAGGAAUUAUAUCAUAAAAUUCAAGAAUCUCAACGAGCACCACAAGAACGUGCUAGAACCGUUAAAAUAAACGAAAGAGCAGGUUCUCCUGGUAUUUUUAAUACUAAUCUGACUACGAAUAGUCAACAAUUAUUGAUACUUAAUAAACGUACUUUACUCAAACUUGUUGCUGCUCGAUUAGAUUUGCCAAUGUCACAACGUUUAUUAAAUCAAAAUUUUAAAUUAUCUAUUAUUAAGCGAUGUUGGAAAGAUCAAUUACGAAUAAAACACGAUGAUUUUGCAUCUGACUGUGAUUUGUAUAUUGCUUGUUUAAUUCGUCAAAAACAAAUUGAAUAUAUUGAUGGUAGCGAAGAAAAUAUUAUCAUACCAAAAACACAUGUGCUUGAACAAAUAUCAUUUAUACCUAGUGUAGCUCGAAUAUCAUCAAAUUCUACCAAUGUUGAAAUGACUUCAUUGUUUCAAUCAUUAACAAAUGAGUCUGCAUCUUCUCAAUCUUAUAUUGUUUCCAUUUCAAGACCAGCAACCAUUGGUAACGAAUAUGAAACACAAUCAGCUGAACAAACGAGUACUGGUAAUUAUCAAAACCAAUCAAUUAAUGCAGCGCCACCCGAUCCCUGCGUUCUGUGCCUGAAAGAGGAAAAACGAUUGGCUUGUAUUCCAUGUGGUCACAUGACCACAUGUACCGCAUGUAGUCACUUAUUACGAUCGUGUUCAAUAUGUCGUCGAGAAAUCGAAGCAUUCGUUAGAAUUUAUGUGUAA